UAAUGAUGAUGAUGAUGACAACCAUUAUGAUGAUUAUGGUGUUUACGGUACCAGUAGAUUGCGUGAAAGGACAACAUGUGUUUAUAAAAUCAUUUAAUGGCAAAACAUUUCUGUUUGAAUGCAAUGUGUCUAAAGAUACGGUCGAUAAACUGAAACAACUGAUUGCAGACAAACUUGGAUUUCUGGUUGAAUCUCAACGAUUGGUUUUUAAUAAAAAAGAAUUAAAAGAAGAUAAAGUAUUAUCAGAUUAUAAUAUCAAAAACAACGAUACGAUUUAUUUGUUUAAGAAAACGUAAU